CGACCACCACGAUACUGCCAGCGAUGACCAAGGCUGGAGGGGACAUUACUCGGGCUGGGUCUGUGGCGUUGGUAGUCGGCAAGACCCAGGCAGGUGAGGCUGGGUCUCAAGAAAUGUCUGAGUAUCAAGAAUUGGACGGUAGGAAGAAUAUCGAGGCCAUCUACCUUCCAUGGGGGAAGCCAUCCUCUUCAAUCACGAUAUCAAGUAUACCUACUGGAGAAAAAAUAGCGUUCAUAGCCCGUCACGGGACUCAUCAUACCAUCCAGCCGAGUGCAGUUCCUUUUGCCGCUAAUAUCGCUGCCUUAAAGCGUCUCGGUGUCAAAGCCAUACUCGCUUUCUCUGCCGUGGGGUCACUAAGGGAAGAAAUACGCCCCGGUGACUUUAUCAUUCCCGAUCAGAUCAUUGACAGAACCAAAGGCGUUCGGCAAGCCAGCUUCUUCGACGGAACGAGGAUGGUUGCCCAUGCUGCGUUUGGGGAUCCUUUCUCCAGGGCUUUCUCCAAGAUUUUGACCCCCUUGGUUGAGAAUACCCUAAAAGAAUCGUCGGGAGAAAGUAACAUGUACAGGGCAUGGGGAGGAGAUAUCAUCAACAUGAGCGUCUUACCAGAAGCAAAGCUAGCCCGUGAGGCCGAGAUAAGGCCAUUCCGCUCGCACCUCAAGCAAGACACCAGUUAUGUUUUGAUUGCAACCGCCACAGAUUAUGAUGCUUGGAGAGAAGGUGAAGAGCCGGUGACUGUAGCCGAAGUCAUCAAGACAUUGCAUACAAAUGCAGAGACAUCGAGGAAAGUGGCAAGUGCCGUCAUAGCUCAGUUACACGCUAGUAUUCUGUCCAAGGAAAUCGUCUCGGAUGUGGACGGUUCUAUGAAAUAUGCUGUGGUCACCCAGCCUGCCCACCAAACACCUGAGGAUAGACAAAAGUUGGGAUAUAUUCUUCCUUACUUUAGCGACGAACAAAACUAG